AUGAGUAUAGUGUCUGUUUCUGGGCAAUUCAAGUUGCAUGAUUUCACUUUGCAACGGAAUGUUGAUAAUGGUUAUUUUUUACUUGAACCAGUGUUAAGAUUGUUGAAGACGUUUACUUAUCAGAAUGUCAGUGAUGAUUAUUUGUUGUCCCAUUAUAACAUUUUAGUGGCGACUAGUGCGGAUGGAUCUAAAUGGAUUCCAGAGGAAAAGGCGGCUCAAUUGUUAGAGGUUUGUGAUGAAGAUGGAAAGUUGAAGGUUUUCUUUGACGGUCUAGUCAGUAAGAAGCAUGAUAGUGAAAUUAAGUUGGAUGAGGAGUUUGUAUCUGAGCCAUUGAAGUUGCACCAGGCAAAAGAAGUUAGUUUUGCAGCAAGCGAAGAAGAACAGUUAAAGUUGGAGAUGUUUUUGCAAAAAGUUGUUGGAGAAGAUCAAGAUGAGAAACGUGAGUUCUAUUCUGUUUUGAAAGAACUUGAUGAAAUGUAUCCUAAUGUUGAGUUGAAUUUUAAUUUGAAAGUUGAUGAAUUUGGAAACACACCGCUUCAUUGGCUUGCGUCUGUCGGUAAGGUCGAUUUGGUUGAAUCGUUGGUUAAGAACGGUGCUAAUGUUUUCAUAGGCGAUGAUAAUGGGCAAACGGCUAUAGUGAAGGCAGUCAAAUGUAUAAACAACUAUGAACGUGGUACGUUCGAGAAGUUGUUGCAUUAUUUGUUCCCUUGUUUAUUAGUUGUAGAUAGAGAAGGUAGAACAAUCUUCCAUCACAUUGCUCUUGCGUCUGGGCAACCUGGAUAUUCGGUUGUAUCCAAGUAUUAUCUAGAUGUGUUGAUGGGCUAUGUGGUUAACAACCAAAACCAUGUCUUAAAAGAAUUGAACUUGAAAUGGAUUAUCGCAAACAUGUUAAAUGUUUGCGAUAAUAAUGGUGACACCAGUCUAAAUAUUGCAGCCAAGAUCGGAUCGUCAUCUCUUGUAGAGACGUUGAUGGAUUACGGCACAGAUCCAAGCAUAAAGAACAACUCCGGUUUGAAUGCUUUAGAUUUUAAGGACAAUAAGUAUAAGGAAUGUGACUUAGUUGACAAUAUAUCCAAUAAUAUGGCAUCACUUGGAAAUCGUGAACCAAAUCCAGAAACGCAUACCAAAGAGGCGCAAGACAUUCUAAACAAUAUAACAAGUCUCCUUGGUAAUAUUAAGUCAGAUUACGAGGAGGAGGUUAAGAAGAAUAAUAAAGUGUUAGCGUUAUUGCAUGAAGAAUUAAAUGAAAAGAGAACAGUGUUGGCCGCGAGUCGAGAGUCGUUGGUUGAAGCCAGACAAGGUUUUGAUCAAUCGAUAAUUUUAUUAGAGCAAAUUAAUAACUUAAAUAAAUAUAUAGAUAUGGAACUAGAUAAAGAUGAAGUCGAGAUUGAAAUGGACGAUGACCUUAAUAUUGAGUCAUUGGAAUCUCAAGAACCAUCGUCGUUAUCAAUCGCUCAACUAAAUGCUCUGAAUAUUCAUAAUGAAGCGCAAAAAAGAUACAACGAGCAGCUUAGUAGGAUACUGGAAGGGAUCGAAGAGAAGCAGAGUGAUUUAGAAGGGAAAUUUCGAAGAGUGUUGUCUCUGUGUUUAAAGAUUGAGGAGCAUAAAGUUGAUGCUAUGCUUGAUGGAUUGUUGCAGGCCAUUUCCUCCGAGGAUCCACAAGAUGUCGAUACAGACGAAAUGCAACAUUUUUUGAAAAAGCACGCACGUAUCUAA